CCACCUUCACUCCCUUUGUAACAUGCUGUUGUACAACCCAACGUCCAAACGAUGCCGCCUGUACAAGUCGUUCGUCAACACAGGAGGAACUGAAGACUCGGGCUGGCAGUACUAUGCAGCUGAAUGCAGCCAGGUACGCUUGGAGAAUGCCGUGUCGCUGUCAGUCGUAAACCAGACGGUGGACGUUGCCUGUCGGAGUGGGUUCACCUACCUGCUGUCUCCUCCAUUACCCUGUCCUCUUGGCACUGGAGUCCUUGACAUAGGAAAGUGUGCUCAGACACUUUGGACUGAUCAGGUGUUUCCAUUUGUUACUGAUCUUCCUGCACCGUUAUCCACUGGGGCGGAGAUAAGAGUGAGAGGUUCUGGCGAUGGAAUGGGCAAUACAGACAUUCGCUUACCAGGGACUGGAACUGGAAACACUGUGUUCCUUCUGUCCAUCCGCUGGUCAAGACUUGACGCAAUCUUCAACACGCAAUCGUCUGGCUCCUGGGGGUCUGAACUUGGGCCAUCCGGCUUCAUCUUUUCUCCAAACGUGGUGUUCGAUGCCCUCGUGCGAAUAACAACGACCAAAUUCCUGAUUUUCAUCAAUGGCAGCGACUUCUAUGAAGCCCCAAUACGGAUUCCUGUACAGACGGCCACCAAGCUUCAGGUCAGAUGCAGUCGCCUUGACUCAGUUGGAGUGAUGUACCCAUGAAAUACUUUC